AUGGAUCGGACCGCAGAGUUCAGGAGAUGGAAGGCGCAGUGUCUGAGCAAAGCGGACCUCAGCCGAAAGGGCAGUGUGGACGAGGAUGUGGUAGAACUUGUGCAGCUCCUGAAUGGGCGAGAACCGUACUUCACCACCAGUUCCUGCGCUGGGCGCAUCAUCCUCCUAGACGGGGAUAUAAAUGGUUUUGAGGUUCAAAAGCAAAACCGUUGCUGGCUACUGGUUACACACAAACCUUGUGUAAAGGAUGAUGUGAUUGCAGCUCUGAAGAAAGCAAAUGGUGAUGCCAUUUUGAAAUUUGAACCACUUAUUCUUCAUGUGCAGUGUCGACAGUUGCAGGAUGCACAGAUUCUGCAUUCACUGGCAAUAGAUUCUGGUUUCAGGAACUCUGGCAUAACCGUGGGAAAGAGAGGAAAGACUAUGUUGGCUAUCCGAAGCACACAUGGCUUAGAAGUUCCAUUAAGCCAUAAGGGAAAACUGAUGGUAACCGAGGAAUAUAUUGAAUUUCUGUUAAAGAUAGCAAAUCAAAAAAUGGAGGAAAACAAGAAGAGAAUUGAAAGGCUUUAUAACUGCCUACAGCAUGCUUUGGAAAAAGAAAACAUUACUAACUCACGUCCCAAAGAGAAAAUCAAAGACAAAAAUAAAUCAUCAUAUACUCGUAAGAAGAAAAGAAAUCCAGAAGAAGCACACAGCAAAUGUUUUACUGAAGAAAAUGUUAAAGAAUGUGAAAAUGAUGAUGACCUAGGAAUCAGUGUUACUAUCUUCCCUGAAGAUUACUAAGAUUCGGUCUUGGUAGAAUAAUGUUUCUAAUAGAUAAUACAAAGCUGCUCUUUACAAGAGUAUUUUAGUUUCUUGAGUAUAUGAGCCAUUCAGAAAAGCAAGAUUUAUUCUUUCUCUAUAUUUAGAGAAAUCCUUAGCUUUUUAAAAUAGCUCUGUAUAAUAUUUGCUCAUUAAAUACCAUCUGUUUUAGUCACAUAGAGAUUCAUUGCAAAAAUAAAAUUGACUUUUUAAUGCC